AUGAUGUUUGACGAAAGGCAGAAGCAAAUGGGACUCCCAACAAGAAGUUUAUGGCAGAGUACUAAAUCUCAAGCUCUCAUAUGCUCCAAACGCGGCCGACGUUUUAUCUCGCUUGCUUCAGUUGCGCUGGUCGAGGAGAAGACCGUAACAAAGACUGUUGUCAUCAGAAUUGGCACCAGGGGAAGCUAUAAAAUUAAGAGCAUGACACCUUCACAAUUUGGCCGGAGUGUUGUUGGUACUGCUUCUUUGAGAAGGAAGUCACAACUUCUCUAUAGAUAUCCAUCGCUAAAGGUGCUAGAGAAUUUCCGAGGUAAUGUGCAGACAAGGCUAAUAAAACUGAAUGAGGGGGUGGUCCAGGCAACACUACUGGCACUAGCAGGUUUGAAGCGCCUAAACAUGACCGAAAAUGUGACUACAGUUCUACCCAUUGAUGAUAUGCUUCCUGCUGUAGCCCAAGGAGCCAUCGGGAUUGCAUGCAGAAGUAAUGAUGACAAAAUGGCAACUUAUUUGGCAUCCUUGAAUCAUGAGGAUACAAGAUUAGCUGUAGUGUGUGAAAGGGCUUUUCUUGAGAAACUGGAUGGUUCUUGUCGGACACCGAUAGCUGGAGGUUAUCGAUGUUGUGUCCGUGAGAGUGGAGGAUAUGGCAAAAAGAAGAUUCUCGACGAGGAAGAUUUGGAUAAGUUAGAAGAGAGGCUUCCUGUUUUGACCAUAAUCGGACGUGGAUCACGGAAAGACGACACUACUGGAUUAUUUACGAAAGAGCAAGAAUGCCACUCAGAAAUUCAUUUGUAUGAACUCGCAUCUUGGGAUUGGGAGCUUUUCGCAGCAGAUUGUAAUUUUGCAGGUUGUAGUUCUUUCGUGGUGGGAGACAUUGAGUCAUUGGUGGAGGCGACAUCGGGUGUGGUGGGUGCACUGCUCCAAACUAAUAGUGUGGCCAGCUUUUGCAGCUUUAGGAAAAGCAGUUUUGUCUUCAUUGCAUGUCCAUGCUGGCUCGUCAUUUUGCAUGAGUUGGAGGCUGCUCUUCUUUGA